UCAGGAGGUAGGUAGUCAUUAUUGUUGUUGUCUCUUUUUUGCAUGUUCGUUUUCAUUUUUAUUUGUUUGUUGCGUGUUUUUUUUGAGGAAACGAAAGGCGGCGGCGAGGGGGUGGUGGUGGUGGUGGGAGACAUUAAGGGGAGGAGGAGGGGAGGCUUAAGGAGGAGGAGGAGGAGGUGGUGAUAUUGAUCACGAACUCGGACGAUAUUUGCGGGAGGGGGGGAAAAGAAGGAAGAGGUUUGCGCGCGCGCGCGAGAGCGAGCGAGCGAGCGAGCGAGAGAGAGAGAGAGAGAGAGAGAGAGAGAGAGAGAGAGAGAGAGAGAGAGAGAGAGAGAGAGAGNAGAGAGAGAGAGAGAGAGAGAGAGAGAGAGAGAGAGAGAGAGAGAGAGAGAGAGAGAGAGAGAGGGAGAAGAUGGCGGGAAUGGCGUUAGUCGUGGCCUUGCCGUCUCUAGCGCGGGUAGCGAGUUUGAGGGAGCUGGUGAACGAGGCUGGGCAUCAGAGCGUGGUAUUUACUAAUAAUGCUCGUCUGCUGGCAAGUCGAGUGGAUGAUAUAUGUGACUAUGUGGACUCCGUGAAAGCUGGGCUGCAGGAAGGUUAUUGCCAGUUGGUUUGCGCGCCAGUGGAUGUUUUGGGAUACGUGGAGCAGUUGGGUCGUGCGUUGGUCAGCUGUCAUGAUCUUCUCCUCAAAUGCAGAGGCGCAAGCAAACUUUACAUGGUUUACCGCAUGAAUGAGCAGUUGUCUAGCUUCAAGAAGGCUACAGACGACCUGGUCACGGGGCUCGAUCAGUGUUCGCGGAUCCUCAGGUCUCCGGAGGAUUGCAGGAAGAAGUCAUUGUGGCUGAGGAAGAAAUUGAAGUCGGGCAUUGCUGUGGAUAAGGAGGAAGUGAAGGCUCACAAGGAGAUCAUGAGCAUUCUGGAGCAACCAAGGAAGUCGGGCCAGCAGACAGAGAGGCUUUUCAAGAGACUGAAACUCGACUCACGGGAGGCAAGGGAUUUAGAGAUAAAGGCAUUGCAAAUGGAGUUACAGUUGGGUUCGGUCAAACAGGACUUGUGCGAGCGGUUUCUCUAUUUAAUUGAGCAGGCUAAUAAUAAGGCUGGGAUGGAGUAUGGAGUGAUGGACCCUAAGCUUGAGAUGACUACUAGCCGGGAGCAUCACGUAUCUCCUCCGGCAGAGUUUGAAUGCCCUUUGUCACGGAGAGUAAUGAUCGAUCCAGUGGUGAUUGCAUCAGGGAAGACGUAUGAACGAGCUUAUAUUUCUGAGUGGCUUGCAAAGGGCAAGAAGGUGUGUCCUCGGACAAGGAACAAACUGCCCCAUUUCAUGGUUACCCCACAUUUUGAGCUCAAGGCACGGAUUCGAGCGUGGUUUCAAGAGAACUGGUUGGCCAUGCCGGGCACGCCAGACCCGGACGAGGUGAAUAGACACAUUGACUGGUUGAUCCAGAAUGGAGUGGAUGUACAUGGUCUGUCUGUGCUUUUUCGGAAGCCGGGAGCGGAACCUCGAGAAGCGCCUUAUGAAAGUGGCAAUGGGAUGAAGGUAAGUGGCAGAGAUGUUGCGCUGCAUCCAAGGAUGGUGGUGGCACCGGUGCGGACGGAGGAUGUGCCCCGGUCGUGGAGAAAUGCCAGUGGUCACAAUGACGCAUACCCAAGGUUGAUAGACAGAGAAGUUGGCCGCGAAAGAUCGGCUGUGAACAGUCCGCGUAUGCAAUCCCAAGCUCCGGAAGCCGAUCCAUGGCCUGAAGGCGAAAACCGGCGAGGUAGAGAGUACAUCAUUGGGAGCAGAGGAGCCGUCCCAGAGGGCUCUAUUCCGGGACAGCGACUCAUGUGGAGAGGUCGCACUGCAAGGUCUGAUGCAUCAGAUGCGUCCGUGGAAACCGAACAAGAGAUAGAGAGAGGAGGGAUCGCAGAGGAUGGUCGGCAAGGUCAUGCAGCUGGGUCGUCGGAUACAUCCAACUCUUCCGCGGAGUCCAAUGGGGCACGCUAUCAGAAGCAACGGGCUUAUGCAGGGGUGAAGGAGAGGCCUGACAGUGAUGGCAGUUCUCAUGACUGGCGUUCCGCUCGUACUCAAGCUCGUGGUGACAGUGCUGCACAUCGGCAUCCUAGAUCCGACAUGGCAAUGGCUGAGAAAAGUCUGGCGCGCAUGCCAAAUAGUCCGGACCAAUCUGGCAGGAGGGCACAGUGGUCUUCACAGGGUGUUCCAAAGCUCUCGAGGGGUGGAGAACAUGAUCAGAUGCACUACGCUGCAGAGCAGUCAACAGAGCGAGCUGAGCUGGCAAGUCCGAGGUUAGGAGGGCGAGGGCAGGUUCCGAUGGGCUAUUUUGUGGACCAGCCGGCGAGUACUAGGUUUGGGAAGGAGGGGAGGGACAGGGCUGAACCAGUGUUCGGUAGUCGAUUUGUCGAGAAACAGAGCAGAGGUAGUGUUGCAGAAGCAAGAAGUGAGCCCAGGGCCGCCGAUGUCUGGCAGCGGGAUUCUAGGGGAAGCUCUGAAAGUGUUGGACGAGAGCAUUCGGGAGCUUGGGAGACCAACCCUCCUGCCGAUUCCAGAGCUCUCCCGCCGGGAAGGCAGCCAGUUUCCAGCAAUGGAGAUGAGGUUAUCUAUGUGGAAGGGUAUGGUUAUUUGCGAAAUCCAGGCAAGGUCUCAAAACCGUUGGAGAGUGUUGGGAGAAGUGGUAGCGGAGAGGUGGUUAUGGAUGAACAGCCAAUGGUAUCUGCUGAUCGAAAACCAGUUUUUCCGGGACAGGCUGGACAACAACUUUCAGAUCAGCACGGCGCCAUUAUGCCAGGCCACAGAGCGAGUGGCAGCAUAGUUCAAGAAUGUGGCGGUUUCGAACAACCCCAGUCACUGGAUGUUGAUUCACAACUGCCUUUCAGUGGGGAUGUAGAGGUGGAGGACGAUGACAAACCAGGGGACACUUACGUCUAUGCUUUUGGUGACGAUGAAUAUAGUGAAAGCUUUACCCAGCCCAGCUUUGUGCCUCCUAUGCCUGGUCUAGGUGUAGCGCAAGGGAUCCCAAUCAUGGCAACUGGCUAUCCGCCAAUGCCGCUGCCAUAUCCAUCAGCGCCAUCAUCACAAAAGGGGGUUUCUAGACUUCGACCACCUCCGCCGGCACCCAAGUACGGAUCGCACGAUGACCUUCAAUCACCUGGUUUCAGGCCGGAGCAGGGCGAUGUUCUGCCGGUGGCUAAGGAUGGUGGUUCAAGGGAGUCAAGUGCAUUGCCGUCUCCAAGCAAAUCUGAGGGUGCAUACCGGCAGCAAGGUCAUGGCAUUGUGAUGCAAGUGGGGCCUUCAACCGAGGAUCAAGCUCGGCACGUUCGUGGGGCAUCUAGAGGGACCCCAAGGGAUUCACCAAGGACAGAAGAGAGUGGUGCGUUUGGUACAGCGACAGCGGCCAUAGCGAAGAGGCCGCAGACUGCUCCUGCGGCACAUGGAGUCUAUGUGCCAUCAGCAGGACAGGAAGGCCAAAGUCCUAAGCAGAGGGCUCCUCUUCAUGACAGGAGUGGUAGUGGAGAUCCAUGCCUUGAUCCCAUGUCGCCACGGCAGAGGGUCAAGCCGAUGUCAAUUGUGACGAUGCCGCCCGAGAAGGCCCCACUCUAUAAACCACGGGUUCUGAAUUUGGAGGGUCACACUCCUCAUGUGACCUUGAGAGGCUUUGAACGUGAUGGGAGUGGUGGUGCUGAGCGACCUGUCCAUGUCCAUCUUGGUGGGCACAUUGAAAGAGCAAGGGAACUUCGCCAAAUGUUUCCGUACGGGCCCAAAAAUCCUAAUACAGAACCCGGCAAAGGUCGACAAGGAUAUGGUUUCCUGCAUGGUGGUGUGGUAUUGCCAUCGGAUAACCACAGGGAAAGAAGCGUAGAUCAAAGAGUGGCCGCGAAUAUGAUGCCUCACGGUUUCCCGUCGAAAGGGGAAAUCGAUGCUGUUGCGGCAGCCAUGAGGGAAAUGAGCAGGAGAGGUGCAGCUGAGCGGAAUACUGCCGCAGCUAUCGGGGAAGCAAAUAGCGGAAGGGAUUGGGAUUCACAAGCCAUGGGUGGCGGUGGUGGCAGAGUAGGACAGCGAACUGAACCCCCGAUGGAAUCGACAGAACGUCUUGCUGUCCAGGAUGUUGGCCCCCCAAAAGCGCUUAAUUGCAUGCCUAUUCGCCCAGACAGCAGACUGGAGGGUCCACAGUUUCCCAAGGAACCGAAUUCGACAAUCGUGGAUUCGAUGAUAGUAGAUUCCAUAAUAGUUCCAGUGGCGACCCCAUUCACUCACGACCCCGAAGAAAGCCCGACUGCAAGCAGGGACGAUGUAUCUGUUUCUGAUGACCAAAGCAACGAAAGAGUCGAUCAUAGUGAUAAGGCAGAGGAGGAUGUAGACGGGAAUGACAAAGAGGGGAAAAGAGAGGAGGAGGAGAUUCAAGGAAGUUACCGACCAAUCAGACACGGUGACCAGAGCUGCGGUCACGGGAGCGAAGAACGUGAUAUGUCUGAGACUGCAGGAAGUAAAGCUGCAGGUAAGCAUCCAGCAGGAGAGGAUGUGAGUGGGCAGGGUGUGGAAAUCGCCGAGCGUCAGGGGUGGGAAGCUGCACCUCAGGGCUCGGAAGAUGAGGAAGGUGAGGUCGUGGGAGAUAGUGAUGCCUAUGGCAGUCUUGCUAAGCAGCUUGCCUCAAUGAUGGUGCAUGGAUCAUGUGAUGCUUUUGAUGAUACAGUGAUCUUUAUGCCCACGGCUGACGAUCUACGGGCGCAGAAGCCUCAACAUCGAGGGCAGCGAUCGGAUGCGCUUCAGUUUGCUGUUGGUGGUGGUCGUCUACCGUCUGCUUUGCAAACUGCAGAGGAACAUAAGGGGAGUGAGGCAGCUAGGAGGAAUGGUGCUUGGGAAGGAAAGGGCAGUGACGUAGCGAGUCAUUCGUACAAGGGUCCCGGGCUAGAGAGGAACCAUAACCGUGCUAUUUCAUCUGACGCUGUUAAAAUGCUAUCGGGGCUCGCUGUGGCUGCGAGCAGCGUAGUUAGGGAGGGUGUCGAAGAAAAAGUUGUUCAGAGGGACGAGAGGAGGGAAUUAGAAGCAGAAAACUCAGACAGUUUGACCCGCGAGCACAUGCGGCGUAAUGCCAUGGGCCAUGGAGGGAAAGGACAGUGGGCUUUGGAAAAGGCGGUAGCAGAGGAAGAGGAGGAACACGAAGACGACGCAAAUAGCCUGCAGGAUAAGCGACGAGCAGCAAGGCUAGAACUCCCCAGUCUGUGGGAUAAGCGAGGAAGUGAAGGGGAAGGGGCCUCGUGUAAUGCGUCCGGCUUGCCCUCCAAUGCGAAGGUAGCUUCAAAGGUGGUUUCGUUCGUGGACUUGGUAACCGAAAAUGUGGACGUGACAAGGCAUCUGCCUGUUGAUGAAUGCGGUGACGUGACAACGAAUGUGGAGCGGUCAUUGGAGGGUAAGGGUUCCCAACAGCAGGUUCAAGUAGGGGAUUGGACGGGCAUAGUAAGCGGUGGCCCAAAUGCGAGGGUCGAAGAUGAUGCUUGUGAGUCAACAACCUCUAAAGCCUCAGCAGGUGAUUUGGGAUCUGGCGGCGUGGCAGCCAAUGUGGUGGCCUCAGGGAAGGGGGAGAAUACUGCAGAAGUGUAUUGUCACCCAAAUGAUAAGGCAGAUGUUUCUGAAGAACACAAGAUGAGUGCAGAUGCUCUCUACAGCCAGGUCAGGAGUGAAAAGGAUGUUGAGAAGAAGUCGCGCGAUGGAAGUGUUGAUGAAGAAUCACAUCAGGAGAAUACCCAUUUAGAUGGCAACGGCAACAGUGGCGGUGGAGCAGUUCGCAACAGCUCAGUGAUUCCAGAUGACCGGAGAAUGAACCGAGACGGAGCUGCAGCAGCACCGGAGCUAGCGUCCGUGCCAGCUGCUCAACAGGGGCAUGCUGCUCCGACAGUGGGCUCUCAUUCCUCCGCUGGUUUGGACGCCCCUGAUAGAAGCGUGCAUCAACGCCAUGGCAGCUUGAAUGGUAAUCAAACCCCUGGAAGCAGACCUGUUCCACUGCAGCAAUCGGGUAUUCCAGCUGUUCCGUGGAAACCGGCUCCAGCCUCAGUGAGAAGCAAAAAUCCAGCCCCUCUUUACAGACCAACAACAAAUCGCCUUGCUUUCUUGAUUCCUGAUGGAAGGCGAAGUGAUGGCUAUUCCGGAUCGGGGGAUUCCCCAGCCUCUGUCACACCGGGCUCUCCUUUCACGCCGUCGGAGAGCUAUAUGCGCCCAGGCAGCGAAGACUUGAGAGUGCCGGAUAGGGGAGAGGUUCAGGUCCUGAUUAACAGAUUGACUAGCGGCAGGGCAGAUCUGGGACAGAAGCUGGCUGCUGUGAGAGCGUUGAGGAAGAUGACGAAAGACAUAGCGCAAACAAGAACAAUGGUUGGGGAGUCGGGAGGAAUUGAAGCAUUGGGCGCCCUCUUGGACAGGGCGCAGGAAAGGGAAAAGCUGACUUUUACAUCAACUACUACUGAUUGGAACACCGACAAGGACUGGAACGAGCUGGUGGAAAAUAUAGAGGCAACUCUUCUCAAUGUUUCGAUCGAGGCUGGAUACAAGAGUAGGAUCGCCCGAGGGAGUGGCGCACAGCAUUUAGUUCGACUGAUGACGGAAGCACGGACUGAGGGCAUCAGGGACAUGGCAGUGGCUGCACUAUACAGCCUUUCCUUCGACGAGGAGAGUCAGAUUGUCAUUGGGGAGGUCAACGGCAUCCGAGCCCUCGUCGAACUUCUCGGUUCGGACGAGGCGUCGCUUGCUGCAAAGAAGGACGCACUGAAGACACUCUCCAAGCUGUCCUACAAGCACCUCAAUCGACAGAGGAUGCUGGUGGCAGAUGUGGUUCGCCUUGCCCUAGAGUUUGCGCAACACGUUGGGAGCGCAUUGUCUGCCAAGGCGCUUUCUGUUGUUAACAAUUUGAUGGCCAUUCCAGAGGGUCGAAUUAAGGUCGCAGAGGCAGGCGGGAUCAAAAUUCUUGCCAGUGUCAUUCAGAGGCGCGAAUCGGAAGCGCUCAUCGAGUAUGCAGUUGCGAUUUUGUACUACGUGGCGACAGGAUCGGCGGAGCUGCAAGUGGAGGUCGCAAGCGUUCCUGGAAUAGUCGAGAUGGUCAAACGAGUGAUCAGCGAUCCUCUGUGCACUCCCCGUGGGAAAGACAAGGCAGAGAAGCUGUUAAAUCUGCCUUGCCUGUCGCAAGUUUCGCAACAAGGGAAGAAACAAGAUAUGGACUUUUUUGGGCGUGGUAGCGCAGGAAUCAGUGAGGACAGAGAUAGGUGAUAGUGCAGGACAGUACAUGAAACCAUGCAUGUGUGUCUGUGUGGGUGGGUGUAACUGCACGCAUGCGUGUGUGCACUUGCAUGUACAGAAGGGGGAACGCAAGAGCGUUCUCUGUACAGAGCGGCAGCCUGUGUGUGCCAUGCUUCACUGAGAACUUCACUUCUUUGCUGCAGACCAAGCAUUUGAACACCAAUGAACCCCUCUCAGCUUUCAGCGGGUGCGUUCCACUGAAUAGCAUGGAACGCAUCUUUCAGCCAUUGGAUAUAGCACGGUGUACUGCUCUCAGGUAGCCGUUGUUGCGCGUAAAAACACCGCUAAAGAUUUCAUGGUUUGUUUGUCGGAGCAGUCAUGCGUAAUUGCAGUUGCACCGAGACUGCUUGGGAUAGUCAGGCAGCAUUGAGCGGUUCGGCCCAAACGGUGCGGCCUAUGUAGGUCAGUACAUACACUAGAAGCGGGUUUUGUGUUUGUAUGUCAGAUACAUGUUCUCAAGGGUGAUUUUUUCUUUGUCAAGGGUAAGAUAUAUGUUGGUUAUCAAGGGUGAUUUUUUUUGUCAAGGGAGAUGCUUGGGUAUGGUUGGCACAGUUGGGUUCCUUCUCUUAGUUUGUACUAGGGAUGUGUGAUGUGGGACCGGCGAGAUGCAGUCGAAUGAUUUCUUUUCCUGGAAGUCAGAGGACCCAUGGAGAUGUGGGUGUGUGUUGACAACCCAUGUAGCAGCGUGCGUGUACAGGCUGGAGCCCUUCGAGGCUGAUGUUGUGGUAAAUGCAUUGUGCAAGAUCGGUGGAGCACGGACAUACGGCCUCGCUCCACUACUCAGCAUUCGAUGUGUAUCUCGACUACGCUGUUGAUCAGAUACAUUCCGACUGACCCAGCAUUUUUGCAUGUAACCGGGUGAUAACCGGCUGCUGAUAACAUUUAGAGUGUUGUGUAGUUGAGCGAGGCCCAUGUAUUCAUCCCCAGUCGUGCAGUCAUCUUGGCAGCCUUAUUUUCUGCUCAGUCGGAAGCGCUGGCAAGGAAACAGCCGUCUCCUUCGAGAGUAUGCUCUCUCGGUUAGUCGGAGCUGCGUCUCGCGGCCAUCAUGACUGCAACUUUUCUUUGUGGUCGGACUGGUGCUCUCUCGGCUGUGUCUUUUGGCGUCUGGUUUGCACUGUUGGGAGCGCUCACAAGGGAAAAGCUUUCUCCUCCGAAGUUAUGCUCCCUCGAGGCUAGUCGGAGCUGCAUUCUGCGGCCAUCAUGAGCGGAACUUUUCUUUCUGGUCGGAUUGGUGCGCUCUCUCGGCUGUCCGAUCGUCCCAAGGAAGGUUGGUUUCCUUGUCCAUAUCAUAACUCGUGUUGUUCUGCCUCGCUUCCAGUUUGUGUCUUGCAUUCGCACCUCGCAUUGCCUCAGGUUGUUCUGUCCAGACUCCAUACAGUAACUCUGAGGGUUGUCCAUACCAUAACUCUGAGGGCAUGCACGGUUUGUGGCUUGUCAUCAUUCGCUCUCCGAGUUGCGUCCCAUACGUGUUGAUAUAGUGUUGUUCAGUGUGUUUUCCUUCCUAGGAAAACGCUGCUCGGAAAAGAGACGGAUGCAUAUUUAUGAUGCCAGUUUGCAGCACACGGCAGGCUGUCAACGGUGGCAGAAAGACUCCACGAUGCCGGAAAAGAGAAAGAGAGUGCUUUCGCCCUCUUCAUACUGCGCGGCGGGGUUGCCUGUAACGCAUCUGUGUUGUUGCUCCACUACUAGCGUGGCUGGCUAUGUAUGUAGCAUGGUCAUCUGCAGCAGGUGCCACACCGGUAGGGAGCUGUGUUCCGUUGCAACGGCGCCGAAUACGAGGGGAAACCAGGCCACGCUGGUAGGGAGCUGUGCUGCGUUGCGGGGGUGCCGAGUUCGUGAAGUAGUGGUGAUGGUAAGUAAGCCACACCGGAAGAGAGUUGUGUCGUGGUACAGGGUGCCGAGUAUGUGAAGUAGUGAUGGGAAGCCACGCCGGUAGGGAGCGGAGUUGUGUUGCGAGGGCGCCGAAUUAAAUCAAAUGAUUCAAAUCUUUUUUAUUAUUUUAUAUGGGUUACUGCGGGCCCAGGAUGAUGUACCAUGGCUGGGGAAUGCCAUACACAGUCUGUCUCGGACGAUGUGCCAUGGUGUCGGGAACCUUCGGCUUUCUCCCUCUUUGUUUCUCUGGGCCGCGCUAGCUUUUUAGUUAGUGUUUGAACCGUACGGAGGUCUUCUCUCCCUCUUCCUUACAGUUCAGUGCAUUAUAGCUUUUGAUCAGUUUCAAAGCUAGGUGUGGGUCCCUAAUUGUGUCUGUGGAGGCUGUAAUCGCGGAUAGGUGCUGGGAGGCACAAUCUGGAAUGGUGGGUAGUUGUCUCUGCUGAUAGAACCACGGCGGUGACGACAUGCAGUCCAGGUUGAGGGGAUAUGUCUUCAUUCACACGGGUGGGCGUUUUUUUGCAUGGCGAUUCAGACCCCCCAACCACAUGGAUCUGGAGUUGGAAAUCAUGUCUGGCUCCUGUCUUGCACCUGCUCCACGGUCCCUUGCUUCGUUGCAGUCAGCUCUGCCUGACGAUUGAGAUCCCACGUUGUCCGUCCAGGUACAGAUCAUCACUGACUAGUCUCCACACACACAUCCAUGCGACCAGGUGCAUUGCUGUUAGUAGCGGCGCAGGAACGGCGGGCUUCAUAGCUUGCUCGGCCACGAUGUAGGUGCUGUCGUGCUCGCUGAAAAAGUCGGAUGCGAUCGACAGUUGAAACCAACGCAGGUCGUUCUCCCUGGAUAUUCUCGCGUCGUUCGAUGUUCGUCAGAUGGCUCUGGAAGUGCGGAUGGGCAAGCCCCCUAUGUGGGCAUCACCCCAUUUUCGAAUGGUUGGGCCUACGUGUUUUACUUAUCCGCAAUGGUCAUGCACACUGCUAACUCCGCUCCGCUGUCACAGGCAUGCGAGAAGAUCAGCCCGCGCGCGGGUUAACCCUGGAUGGGCCCGGCCGGGUUAACCCAAGAUGUCGUCGCCUUUCUGUCUGCCGGAUCGAUCAGGUGAAGGUGGUCAGAAAAACGAGCUGGGUGUCAGAAAUUGGGUUGGGUCACUUGGGUGUAAAUCACAAUUUCUGAUGUGCUAGUGCGAGGUGCUCAGGGCCCGUGGUUCUGCUGCACAGCUAGAGCAACGUUUUUCGGAGUCGUCAGAAUGGACAGUGUCGUUGGCUCACGGGGAAGAUCCAGAUCCUCUAGCACAGAAUGACAGACACAUGCACACUUGGGUCUUUUUGACCUGUUUCUGAACGUGAUUGCAGUCAGAUACAUCCAGGUCCCGCUGUAAGGGCGGUUUGAUACUUUUAAGAUAGUGCUAGUGCGAGUACGCCCGCGACAGACGGGUAUAUAAUGAUAUUGUUUUGCUUGAGAAAUCUGAAAACAUCAUCGGGUAAUAAAGUAGAUAUUUUUUAGCAUCGGGUGAGCGAGCCUCGCACAUAAUUUCGUCACCUGACCGGAAUUCUGUUCGCUGUGCAUUUCUGCAGCUUUCAUUUUUGCUGAGGGCUGCAAGCUGACAUUGCAGCAGAGUCGGAUAUACCACCCGCUUUCUAGUUCACGAGGGCUGCUGACAUUGCAACAGACUAGGGAUCUGUGCGCUGGCCUUUUCUUACCACCCGCUUAUACUAGUUCAGGAGGGCUGCCGACAUUGCAACGCAGUCGAAAUUUGUGCGCUGGCCUUGAUGACCCCCCCUUACGGACUAGUUCAGGAUGGGGCCGACGCAGUUGCUGGCCCUUGCUCCUAGUAUACUAACUACUUCAGGAGGGCUGAUGACAGUGAGUGGAUGGUUCUCUGAAAACACGUCGGAAAAUGCAUGUGAAUGCACAGUUAGGAUCUGGAUGCACGUGGUCAGAAAUGCAGUCAUGUGCGUCGCACGUCAUCCGGGACAUCCGUUAAAACUGGAACUGUGCAGAGAAGAUUCGCAUGGCGUGCGUACAUCGAGAAAUGUUCCCAAAGAAAAACAAGGGAAAAAAAGGAGAUCCGGAUGCUGGCUUUUACUGGCGGCUGUUCAGGAGGGCGGGGAGAGAGUGUGGAGGCAUCAUCUGUCAUUCUGCCGACAUGGUCUGUUAUUCUGCCGACAUCGUCUGUCUUUCUGCCGACAUCGUCUGUCUUUCUGCGUCGUUUGGCCAGAAAAACUGCACACACAGCAUGCUUUUUCAAGGGGAUCAAGGUUUUCCUCUUCGCUAAAGAAAAAAGAGUCAGCCACUUCAUUUCCAAAUGUGGCCGGCGCUUGAAUCAAGCCAAUGAACCCCAGAGUCCCUCCCUAUAAACGGAGAAUGCGGUAAAUAUGUCAUGUUUUUUAGACUUCUAGAUGCGUGUGGCGACGGGACGGCCCGUGGAUGUUGGGACAAGGAACGUCUGCUAGCGGUGGAUGUUGGGUAAGUCUUCCUGUAUUCGCUGUGAGCCGAACGGUGGUUGUUUUGGGUUUCUUCUUCUCUCUCAAGUAAGCGGCAUUUGUGUUACAACCCCUUCUUUCAAUUCAUUUCUAGAUGUCCAUAUAUAUAUAUAAUAUAGGGUUCAGCCUCCUGAUGAGUCGGUGAAACUCCGACGAAACAGUUUGUCACAGCCCCUCGUUUGUUGUCCUCUUCUCUCUCUCUGCCUACGGUUUACCGGGCAGUUCUAUUUGUGACGAUAUAUAUAGUAUUAUAUAUUCGUUAAACGAUAUGACUUAGGUACACGUCUCCGCCUCUCUGCUUACGGUUCACCAGGCAGUUCUCCACGACGGUACACACGUUUUCCAUCUCUCAAAUUAAUGAUUAAAUUAACAAAUUCUAUAAAAAAAU